AAAGAAUGCCGAAUGGGUAAUCCAGCACAUUACGAUGUCAACAGCCACAGCCACACUUCUGAAACCCUUUCCAAGAAUCAGCACCAACAACAACCGGAAACAAAACUUCAGAUGUUUGACACCAAAAUCUUCACUGAAUCAGCAGCAAAACCCACCACCAGCAGCUUCUUCUUCUCCUCUUGAUGUUGUAACUAACAUAACUAAACUCCUAUGGGGCAAAUCACUUCCCCCACAACUCCUCAUUUCCACAGUUCGUUUAACCUGGAAUUCAACAUGGCACCUCAUGAUGUCUCAGCUCGCUCCAUCUGAUCCUUCUGGUUCAUACUCUCGUCCUGUUAGUCAAUUUCGCGCCAAAUCAAUCUCCUCCAUCCCUCCAAAACUCCACCUUUAUGUUGGAUUACCAUGUCCAUGGGCUCACAGAACCCUUAUCGUUAGAGCACUUAAGAACUUAGAUGAUAUCAUUUCUGUUUCUAUUGCUUCACCUGGUAUUGAUGGUUCUUGGGAAUUUCAUGAUUAUGGCAAAAGAAGUGGCCAAAAAGAAGAAUUUCUGGUGCCUGGUUCAGAUAGUGUAAAUGGGUGUAAGAAUUUGAAACAAGUCUAUAGACUCCAUAGUGGAGGAGAGUAUAAUGGUAGAUCAACUGUUCCUAUGCUUUGGGAUGUUGAUAAGAAACAAGUGUAUUGUAAUGAGAGUUAUGAUAUUAUUGAAUUAUUCAAUUCGGGGUUCGAGGGGUCGGGGUUGGACCUCUCACCACCAUCGUUGAAGAAGCAGAUUGAAGAAUGGAAUCAAGUUAUCUAUCCCAAUGUCAACAAUGGGGUUUACAGAUGUGGAUUUGCACAGAGUCAAGAAGCAUAUGACACUGCUGUUACUGGGUUGUUUAGGACAUUGGAUAUGAUAGAUGGUCGUUUGGGUAAUUCCAGAUAUUUGUGUGGAGAUGUACUGACGCUUGCGGAUGUUUGUUUGUUUACAACAUUGAUUCGUUUUGAUCUUGUCUACAACGCUCUUUUUAAAUGCACAAAGAAAAAGCUCUUGGAGUAUGAAAACCUUCAUGGCUACAUGCGCGACAUAUAUCAGAUUCCGAAAGUUGCUGCCACUUGCAAUUUUGAAGCAAUCAUGGAUGGUUACUACAAGACUCUUUUCCCUCUUAAUCCAGGCAGCAUUCGACCCACAGUACCCUCAUGUUGUAAGCAUGAAGUCCUCUCUGCAUCCCACAAUAGAGAACUAAUAUCAUCCACUGAUGAACAUUUCAGUGUUCCUGCUGCAUAAAGGUUUUACUUCAAGCUGUUGUAAGAUGCUAUAAUGGCAAUUUCGUACAGCUUUUUUCUGGAGUUGCACAUAGUACGUCACUUUUCAAUUUUGUUACGUAACCAGAUACUGUGAAUUGCCAACAACACUUUUCAAUAGUAUCAUCCACUGAUGACUUGUAUACUCAUAGUCCGUUUUUUUCUUUAUAGCUGUUGUAAUCUAAAAUUGUACUACUAAACGAGCUAAUCUGGUAUUGCUUAUUCUCCAAAUAACUAACAGCAUUCCUUGAA